AUGUCUGUUGUGCAUGAAUUUAUCCCUUGGAUAGCACCUACCAUCUUACAUCAUAUUCGUAAAAAGGUUACUGCCCGUAAGAGAUUCCUUAGACGUGGAACUGAUUAUCUUAAGGUGAAGUUUAACAAACUUAGAGCUGAAGUUAAGAAAAUGAUUCAAAAUAGCAGAGAGUCAUUUUUCUCGUCAUUAGCAAACACAAUACAAAUCAACCCAAAACUUUUUUGGUCGGUUUUCCAAAUCAAGUCAAGUUCUGGAAAUAUACCCAACUCCGUAACAAGGUCGGAUACCAGCAAUCCUGGGACUAGAUUACAUGCUAACACACCACAUAACAUUGCAACAAUGUUUAAUGAGUACUUUCAUUCUGUCUACACAUGUGUCUCUAACAAACCCUCACCAUCUCAAUCUGGUUCAUCGUCUCCUUUAUCCUGCACCUCAUCCAUUGGCCUCUCUAUAGAAGAAGUAUAUCAAGCCUUACUGAACCUAUAUCCUUCGAAGGCUCAUGGUCCUGACGGGUUUCCUUCCCGCAUUUUAAAGGAAUGUGCCCUCCAAUUAGCACCUUCAUUUCAUUACUUGUUUUCAAAGUCACUCCCCUUAUCGCAGGUUCCCACCGAAUGGAAAUUAGCUAACAUAAUUCCUCUACUCAAGAAAGGAAACAAAGAUCACGCCGAAAACUACCGUCCCAUUUCUCUGUUGUGUAUCAUAAGCAAGACUCUUGAACGUUGUGUCCUCAACCAUUUAUCGCACCGUAUACAGUCCAACAUUCAUUCAGCGCAGUAUGGUUUCGUCAACGGAAGAUCGAGCACAGCUCAGUUAUUGUCAAUUUUAAACACUAUUGGGAAAAACCUAGAUCAGUGUUUACAAACUGAUGUUGUUUUCAUGGAUAUUUGUAAGGCCUUCGAUAGCGUUGACCAUUCGAUACUUUUACAAAAACUUCACGAUUUCGGCUUCUCUGGUUCUCUCUUGCUAUGGUUUCAAAACUAUUUAUCAGGUCGCUUCCAUUGGGUAACUGUACACGGCGCUACGUCUACAUCUCUGCCAAACACAUCUGGAGUCCCACAAGGAUAG